CACCUGCAGCCUGUGGUCAGUUCUCGUUUCAUCUUCUCUGAGAUCUGCUGGGGUUAGUGGGGUGCGCGAGUUGCGCUCCUCUCCGAGUUUAUCGGAGGCGGAGGGCAUCAUUUUCACGACGACCUUGUCAUUAUCGGGUGGGGGCUUGAAAAAUCUUGGAAGAAAGAGCCACGAAAAAAAGUAGCACCAAAAGUGCCUAGGUAAGAGAAAUUCAUAUUAGAGCUAAAUCGGUGAAGCGGGAGGAAAGGAGGGCGUCGAAGAAAAGGAAGAGGGUGAGGAUGGAGAACGAGAACCGACGCAUCACAUCUCGUGCAUCCUCCACCUCCAGCCUCGGUCGGGAGGUCCGAUGUGGUUGUCAAUUUUACCAGAGCGACUUGCUUCUGCCUGAGCGUCGCGCUCUCGUAGGCAGACCACCAUCCAGGAAUAUGAUGCAGGCACCACCACCUUAUACAAGGGUACCUCAUCCUAGUGAACAUGAGUACGAACCAAUCGCACAUCCACCACCGCCGCCUCUGAUUGUCAACAUUGGAGCACCAGUGGUUCGAAUCACCGACACGGAUGUGAUGCCCGUCGCAGACAGCGAUGAUAGCGUCGAUGAUCAAGGACGAUUUUACUCAGGGUUAACCCUCCAUAGCGAUUUAAUUCUUCCUCUUGAUGGGCAGUUAGAGGACAGCGCGAUGGAAGGCCGUGAACUAGGGGAAACCAUUGACACUUCCGACGAGCAGGAGAGCACACAGCAACUGCAAGAUCGGCUAGAGGAACAUUUUUUUACUGCACCAUGUCCUGGAUUAGAGUCCAGUACCGAUGGAGAGAACAACACUAAUCAGGUAACCUCAUCAGUGCAGAAAGAGUUACCAGGAAGACAGAGUAUUCACGGUUUUCAAGCCAAGCUCCGAAGUCAAGCUGGUAAACUGCGAUCCCAGUUUAGAGGUAUUCAAAAGCCUACCGUCACAAUGCCUGCGUAUCGCAGGUCUGAGAAGAAGAAAUCGGCAUCUACCACUGCGAAUGAAAAAGUGAAGUUGGAAAAGCCAAAGAGUGAAAAAUCUAAGAAUGAAAAAGCAAGCAAAAUGGAACGUUUUAAAAUGGCUCUACCUGAGCGGCCUCGAUUCUCAUUCCCAGAUACAUCAAAACUGGGUUUGCCAAGCCGACCCAAAUUUAACCUCAAACGUCCUAAUAUUAACUUUCCAAGUGCCUUCGAUCGCUCUCAGACGGGCACGGCUUCCUCACGAGAGCAGACCAGACAACCAUCAAAGCAUUCUACAUACGGCUCAGGCAAAAACAUCUUUGAUUUUUCCACGUAUCCACGACUUUUCGAUAGGAAAGCAAAGAACAAAGCUGAAUAUGCAACUUCUUCGCCCAAAGUAUCACGUGCUCAAUCUGCGGAGAGUGCGACUUUUCCACGUACCAAGAAAUCCCUCAGAGCCAGAUGGACUCAACGGUUCGCAGACACGAAACCUUUGAAUAACAAACAAGAAGAGCAAAAUGUUGCAGUUGAAAGAUCUCGUCCGUGGAGGCAUCCUUCCUUUGAGGAGCCUCGAUUGGCUUUCAAAAUACAGGCUUCAGAAUCUUUAAAAGAGUCUGAAAAGUUACCCUGGGAAACAUUUGAACAAAAAACAGUUGAUCAUCAAGAAGAAAUACAGUACGCUGAUUACGAAGAGGAUUCUCAAGAACAUUCGGAUCAGAGAGUAUUAGGAUCUAAUGAUAGGACUAAAGUAGAAGAACCUUUUGAACAAAGAUUGUACAGUGAUCGAACAGUAGAUCGAGAAAUUAAGCACCCUGAAAGAUUCAACAAAUCAGAAGAUGAAGUUGAAAUGGAAGAGGUAGAGGUCCUAAAAUUCAAGCGAGUGGAAUCUUUUGAAAAUGCUAGUCAAGACGACUACGAAAGUUGCUUUCAUCCAGUGGAUCCGAGAAAAUUUAGAAAAAUCUCCUCUGAAGAACGUUCUUCAGUUCGAUCCGAUGGCGAGCAACAACAAUCCAGUGGAAGUUCUUUUGAACGACGUCGAUGUGGUGUUAUCGAAAAAAUAGAUUCCGAUGAGCUUUUCCUACGUGAAAAAGGUAUCAGUCAAGACGAUAUGAGUGUUGGCAGAUACAUCGCAAGUGAAAUUUACGACGCACUCAAAGCGACACCUGGAAAUGCUCUUACAGAUAUCGAUAUUAUUCCAAUGCCUCCUCUGCGACCUAAUCGCACAAGAUAUUUUAGAAAUAGAAAGGAGAACUUUUCGGAAUCUUAUAAUGAUUUGCCACCUGCAAGACUAGAGCGAGAAAAAAAUUUAUGUCGUAGUGAGGAGUCGUUUAGUAACCUAGACCAAACAGGUAGCUCUUCAAGUGCAGUUCACAGAGUAGUGUAUCGAGCAGAUAGCCUAUCACGUGAACGAUCGCCAGCAGAACCAUUAGAUAAUAUCAUAAUUGUGAAGCCUGCUCGCAGAAAAUCCAGGUCUUCCCUACACAGUCACUCUCAAGUCACUACGAAGUCUUCGGUGAAGAUUGAACCUCGUAUUUCCAGUGAAAUAAUUCCGCCAGCCGUCCCGAAUCGAAGGAAACGGAUUCUGCGACAAGUAGAAAAUGAGAUCAAACAAAUUCAAAAUGGAAAUGUCCAACAUCAGAAAAGAGAGAUACAAUUUGCCUGCAACGGACAUGGUGAAUGGAACAAGUUUGAAAACUCAUUGCGUCAAGAGCAUCCAAGAACACCUUCUCCAACGUUACAAGUAGCACCAGCAUCAGUUGAUCACAAAAUUAUGAAUAACCUAUUCAUGAGACUGAAACAAGAAUUCGCUGAACGUUCACCAGUUCCUCCCAAAAGAAGUUCACGUUCUAGAACUGCUUCCUUCAUUCAAGACGAAGACCGCACAUCACAUGGUGCAGAAUCUCUUCCAGAAAUAGGAUAUAUCGAGGACGAUAUUAACAAAGAUUAUUCUCGAGAGCAACUUCCGGGUUAUGCAGUUAUAGAAAAACGCGAGAAACCACCAAGACCGUCUCCACCUAGACGACAUCGUCAUAAGUUCGCCACGACUCCAAGGCCCAUGGCACCGAAGCGACCACAAAGAGCAUACAGUACUCUGCGUCCGGUAGGAAGAAUAUCUCCAGCCGUUACGCAGAUAAUUCGAUCGUCAGAGGACGUGAGGCAAUAUAUUGAGGAUGAUUCUGAUGGGGAACAUAAGGAUUUGAGAAGUGGAGAAGUCCUCAGCAGAAUGCAAGGUCGGCCUUUGCCCGCUCCACCCAGACCACCUAGAUUACACAGAACAGUCAAGAACAGCGCAGGCUAUUAUGAACCUGAAGCUGUACACUCGAUGACUGACGUAGUUGCAUCUACUCAGACUGAUCCCUUGCCUGAGGAUCAUGUCAUAGAAGAGGAAAUUACCCAAGCCAAACUCAUCAUGGCACCAUCCAGGUCAGGAUCACAGGUUCUCAUCUCAACUGAGCGAAUAUCCACACCAACACGUUCUCAUGCACCUCCCAUUCCUCAUCCACCGAUAAUGCAACAUUCAGAAGACCGAAGAGUUUCGGAAGAAAGACGAGGUUCAAAUAGAGUUGAGGAGGAAUGGAUCGAAGAUCGUCCAGUUCCGUCUAACAGGGUAGAGGACGAAAUUCAGCAAGACCUAGCUGAUAUUUUACGAGCAGCUUUACAUUCGGAUGAACCACUAAGGAUCAACAGCUUAGAAGUGGGAGACUUGCGAGUUGAUCGAUUCAGCGUUUCUCAGCUACAAGCUUACAACAUAACGGCUUCUGAAAUCGAUGCAAUUGUAGUAUCUGCUUCUGAAAUGACAGGAAAAGCCAGUAUAGCUGAUAGUGGGAUAAGUCCCGCGUUACUACAGGAAUUAAUAGCCAUAAAGCGUCAUCUGGUAAACAAGUCCCUAAUUCAAGAAGAACCACCUUCUAGAAUAGAGUCUGCUACCAUGAAUACCAUGACUACCAUGGCUAGUAGUGAUGAAAAGAUAGAAGAUAUCUUGCAAGCCGUUAGAACGCAAGAUUCAAUCCGAAGAAGUUCUACGCGAGACGUUGGAUCUUUACUAGGAAAUGAAUCGGGUAGGCUAGAUGUAGAAAAAUUGGAUUCAGUGAAAAAAAAAGCAAAGCGAGUAACAGAAAGCCGGAUGCAGCCUUCCUCAGAAUCAGAAACCUUACGAGGUCAGGUUUUAAAGGGGGACAAACUGAAAUCUGGUGCGGAAGUCAAGUCUGAGAUAGGAAGCAACUCCCUUCCAUCUAAAUCAACAUCACGUGAAUCUUCUAUAGAUAAGCAUGAAAGACUUUACGAGAGAUCAAGAAGUAGAUCUAAAUCAUCAUCGCCAUCAAGUGGAUUCCAACCAGUUAGACAAACUGCAUCCACGAUAAAAUCUCUUCCGCCAGUAAUUUCAGUAACACCAGACACAAUGGAUACACCUGUCUGUCACACAAUAUCCUCUGAGUCAAGACCACAACGUGCAAUUAUGUCAUACUGUGAGAAGAAAACAGAGAAAUCCCAUGAAGAAAUUACCCAGACUUCACAAGAUACCUUACUUCGCGAUUUCACUCAGUGCAUAACUUUACAAACGUCACAAAUACCAGAUAAAUUCUUUUCCCCAGCUUCGCCUACCACUCAAAAAGUCGAAACAGAACCAAAUAUAACAGAAACUACGCAACAAUUGUUAAAGGCUCUCCGUAUUAUUGGAAUCAGAAAGAUGAGACAAUUUGUUAAUUAUAUAGCAUCACGGGUGGGCAGAGAAGAAUCCAGUGAUAAAAUUAAAGAUGUAGAACUGAUAUUAUGUGCUUUGUUACUAAUCGUUGCUGGUUUGAUAAUCAUGAUUUUCGCAACUCCAUGCACCGUGGCCCAUCAUCACCAUUGGGAUUAUUUCAAUCCUCCUCAAUAAUCAAAACGUCAAAAUUUACAUCGACCAAUUCCUAUGUGCCAAUGCCGUAUUGACUUUCAUUGCCGUUAUUCUUUUCUAAAAUUUAUUAUGUGGUUUUUUAUAAUGAGGAUAGAUCUCUAUAAUAGUCACUAUUAUACUAUACGAUCUACAAAAAAAGUUUUAAGCUAAAACCUUGAUAAACCAUUUAGAAAAUAUACACUUUAUGAUGUUGUGGAAUUGACAAGUCUAGCGGACAAGCAAUGAAUACUACUAUAAAACUCACAUAAGUCAAUCAAUUUCAACUAUUUUAGGUACAAAAAUACUAAUCUGAAAAUUAUUAUACUAUGCACGAAUGGCCUUCAGUAUUUUGUUAUGAUUUGUUUCUAUUGUGAUAACAGUGAAUUGCAAUCAUACAUUCGAUACGACUUUUUCAGGCUAUGCUUUGUUUCAACAAAUUUUAUAGCCUAAGAAUCUACUUCAAAAAUAAAAUAUAUUGAAAUUCC